GAGAUCCAGUAGACCACUGGGUCCCCAGAAGCACAUCCCAGGGUUCUUGCACAGGUCUGGGAAAGCUGGGAAAUGAUGCCAUUUGAAAUCCAGGCCUGGAAACUUUUUUGAAAAUUCCGGAAAUGUUUGGAAAAAAUGUGAUAUUGCAUUUACACAUUUUCGAGCCAUUCGGCGAGGUUUUGCAAACACGGUUGCAUCACCAAAAUGAAAAAAUACAUAAAUGUAUUCUCUACUUAAGCCCAGUCUCCCAUAACACACGUCAUUCAUCGUUUUUCCCUUUAUGGGAGGCUGAUCUGUUGUGGAUUCCAGACAAAUGAAGAUGAAGAAGGCAUGACAACUAAAACAGCAAAAAACACUAAUAGGCUUCUAGAAAUUUGUAUGAAUUUGAAACGACUGAAAUUCGUUCCCGUCGAAAGAGCAAGAACCCUUUCUUCAUUCUCUAUUGUGGUGCCAAUCAAAACAUCACAUCCAAGUCAUUGUAUUGUUGUAGAUGCAGUAGGAGUUGAAUGAGCAUGUUCGUAGAAUUAGAUCAUCUUGAUGUUAUUGUUUGUAACCCCUUCAGGUAGGACAGCUAUCUAGCUUAGCAGUGUAGGGCUAGCUGCCAUAGCUUUAGGUACCAGAGAGAUGCAGAGAUUCAAUUCUGAGAAUUUGGGGCUGGGGGGCUAGAAAGGAGCUGGCAGAAUAAAUGAGCGUAGGUGAGGGGCUUAAUUGUCAAGUUUGAAAGCAUUUGGGGUCUGGGUUAGGCAAAUAGAGACAGAAUUAAAGGUGCAGUCUGUGAUUCAAAUCUCAUACAAUUUUGGUCUUAUUCAGCGAAUUACUCCUCACGGUCAUCUAGCUGUCUGUUCAGUGUUUGCAGUUUAAAAAAAAAAAAAAAAAAAAACUCUGGCUCGGACCAAACCAUAAAAAAUUCCAGCCAAUCGACACGCGUGCCUCAGGAGCACAGAAGAGAGGGAUAUAAUUUUAUUGGCUGUUGAGCUCAAACAUCAACCUUUCGUGACUCCGAAUCACAGACUGCAUGUUUAAGAAAGGCAAAGGGGGUCAGGUACAGCGAAAGGAAGUAGUGAGGGUUAAAGGCGCACGGCUGCAUGUCCUCUGACCGAGGUGUGUGUGCAUUUGGCCUCUGGCAGACCAGCAGGACCCGUCUCUGAACAGCCUGUCGGUGAUGAACGCCGCCGACCCGCGGAACAUGGACGCCAGGCAGCAGAGCGCCCAGGGCUGGAUCAACACCUACCCCCUCUCCAGCGGCAUGUCCACGGCCUCCAAGAAGUCAGGCAUGUCCAAGAAGAGCAACCGUGGCACUCAGCUCCACAAGUACUACAUGAGGCGCAGGACACUACUGCUGGCCCUGCUGGCCAGCGAGAUUGAGCGCCUGACCACCUGGUACAACCCACUGUCCACCCAAGAGCUGGCCAUCCCAAUCGAGCAGUCGGUGGAGACCAGUAUCGCCAACUGGAGGUCCAAGUACAUCAGCCUGAGCGAGAAGCAGUGGAAGGACAAUGUCAACCUGGCCUGGAACAUCGCCCCUUACCUGGCCAUGCAGCUACCUGCCAGGUUUAAGAAUGCGGAGGCCAUUGUGGCAGAGGUGACGCGCCUCGUCCGCCUGGACCCUGGAGCCGUCAGCGAUGUCCCAGAGGCGGUCAAGUUCCUGGUCACCUGGCACACCAUAGACGCUGACUCUCCGGAGUUGAGUCACAUCCUGUGCUGGGCUCCGGCCGACCCCCCCACCGGCCUGUCCUACUUCUCCAGCAUGUACCCCCCCCACCCGCUCACUGCCCAGUACGGGGUCAAAGUACUGCGCUCCUUCCCUCCCGAUGCCAUUCUCUUCUACAUUCCUCAAAUAGUCCAGGCGCUGCGCUUUGACAAGAUGGGCUACGUGCGCGAGUACAUUCUGUGGGCGGCGCAGAAGUCCCAGCUGCUGGCCCACCAGUUCAUCUGGAACAUGAAGACAAACAUCUUCAUGGACGAGGAGGGACACCAGAAAGACCCGGACAUCGGGGAGCUGCUGGAGCAGAUGAUGGAGGAGAUCAUCGGGGGUCUGUCCGGGCCGGCCAAAGACUUCUACCAGCGCGAGUUUGACUUCUUCAACAAGAUCACCAACGUCUCCGCCAUACUCAAGCCUGUUCCUAAGGGAGAGGAGAGGAAGAGAGCCUGUCUGAAAGCCCUGGCUGACAUCAAAGUUCAGCCUGGCUGCUAUUUGCCCAGCAACCCUGAGGCCAUUGUUUUGGACAUCGACUACAAGUCAGGCACCCCUAUGCAGAGUGCCGCCAAGGCUCCUUAUCUGGCCAAGUUUAAAGUCAAACGGUGUGGCGUUAGCGAGCUGGAGAAGGAAGGUCUGCGUUGUCCCUCUGACUCUCUAGAGGAUGGCGAUGAGAACUCGGAGGCUGCGCGGAGGAUUAUCUGGCAGGCGGCCAUCUUUAAAGUGGGAGACGACUGCAGACAGGAUAUGCUGGCUCUUCAGAUCAUUGGCCUCUUUAAGAACAUCUUCCAGCUGGUUGGACUGGAUCUGUUUGUGUUUCCAUACCGGGUGGUGGCCACUGCCCCAGGGUGCGGGGUCAUCGAGUGCAUCCCUGACUGCAAGUCACGUGACCAGCUGGGUCGACAGACGGACUUUGGCAUGUAUGACUAUUUCAGGAAUCAGUAUGGGGACGAGUCUACACUGGCCUUCCAGAAGGCGCGUUACAACUUCAUCCGCAGCAUGGCGGCCUACAGUCUGCUGCUCUUCUUGCUGCAGAUCAAAGACAGACACAACGGCAACAUCAUGCUGGACAGCAAGGGACACCUCAUUCACAUUGACUUCGGCUUCAUGUUCGAGAGCUCCCCUGGCGGUAACCUUGGCUGGGAGCCCGACAUCAAGCUGACCGAUGAGAUGGUGAUGAUCAUGGGCGGAAAGAUGGAGGCCACCCCCUUCAAGUGGUUCAUGGAGAUGUGUGUGCGAGGAUACCUGGCUGUCAGGCCCUACAUGGAUGCUGUAGUGUCUCUGGUGACUCUGAUGCUGGACACUGGACUGCCAUGCUUCAGGGGACAAACCAUCAAGCUCCUCAAGCAGAGGUUCAACCCGGCCAUGAGUGAGAAAGAUGCCGCUGCCUUCAUCAUCAAAAUCAUCCAGAGUUGCUUCCUUAGUAGCAGGAGCAAGACCUACGACAUGCUCCAGUACUACCAAAACCAGAUCCCCUACUGAAUAUCAGCCAAGAGAGCAUUCGUCAUUAUCUACACACCUCCGAGUCUCUCUGUGUGUGUGUGUGUGUAUGUGUGUGUGUGUGUGUGUGUGUGUGUGUGUGUGUGUGUGUGUGUGGUCGAACGUAUGACAUGUCAUCCGAGCUCCAGUUGGAAAUGGAUUGUUUGAAAUGUACUUGUUUGAUCAGAUUCUAAAUAUAAACUUAAGUAUAUGGAAA